AUGCCACCUAACCCGCCGUUGCCCUCGAAUGCUGACGAAAAUGCUUCCGGUCACAUCAUCGGGGCUACUGUGGCCGUCUCCGUCCUUGCACUGCUUGUCACCGUUACAAGAUUUUAUGUCCGAGGGUUUAUUGUCAGAGCUGUCGGCUGGGACGACUGGUUGAUGGCAUUGGCAAUGCUUCUGGUAAGCGGUCUUCUCUCGAGUGUCUAUAAAGGCCGCCAGGCUCUGAACAGCAUGCAGUCAAUCUCAACAGAGAUCUUCAUCAUCCUAGCUGUUAAGAAUGGCGCCGGGCAACAUAUCGGGGACGUUUCACCACAUCAAUACUAUGAAGCCUCAAAGUUCGCCUUCAUUGUCCAGGACCUCCCCCUGUGGGCUAUCUGCAUCGUCAAGCUCUCGGUGGGAUGCGCCUUACUGAGGAUCGCUGCACGAGACAUGUGGAAAUGGAUCAUCGCUUCGGUCAUGGCCUUCAUGAUCGCAUAUACCAUUUCAGCAUUCGCUACGACAAUUGCUUUCUGCCAACCGAUCAGUCUACCCUGGAAUCCUCAAGCCCUUCUGGAUCCCGCCAACGCCGCAAAAUGCUGGCCUGUGCAGACGCUGCAAGACCUCACCAUUGCUCACGCCGCGCUCAACAUCUUCACGGACAUCGUAUUCGCCGUUGGGAUUCCUAUACCAAUGCUGUGGAAGCUGCAGCUAAACAGCCGUACCAAAGCUGCGAUUAUGUUCAUCCUGUCGCUUGGCAUUUUUGUUUGUGUCGCUGGUGUGCUCAAGAUUCCCGAGAUCCAGAACUUCGGAAAACAAGGCGACUUCCUCUGGUCCAUCCGCAAAUUCAUAAUCUUCUUUCAAGCUGAAGUCAACAUUGGCAUCAUUGCUGGAUCGCUACCGGCACUCAAACCGCUCUUCAAUGUUCUUGCAGACAAGACGAGCAUGACGGAUAUAUUCUGGACGACCAGACGUAAUGACACAGUCGCCACCACCUACGCCAACCACAUACAGGAUUCCCGAGUUGCAUCCUGGCGGCAAGAAACGACAAGGAAGACUUCAAUAGCCUCAGUCACGGAUCCCGAACGUCAAGACUUCGGCGAUACUGAUGCAGAAAGCAGCAUAAGCCACCACAGCGCCGUGAGUCAGCAAAAUCUCGUCAUGGAGGCGAACGGUGAUGGUCAAAGGAGGAAUAUUCCAAUGGGCGUGAUACAUAAGAGUGUCACCACCAGCGUCACGGCCCUACCGGAAGAUGAGGAGUAUUCGGGGAGCUCGCCACCUGGGCCCGGAUGGGCGAUGUGA